AUGGUUCUGUUGAAUAGGAUUUCUGAUGCUUUACAAGAGAUUGAAUCCAAGAAAUGUGGCCUACGAAAAGCACUUUUAACAUUGUUGUUAGAAUGGAAAGAUUUUGAACAACACUUGGAUUUGAGCCAAACAUGUUUUCAAGAAUGCUUUUCCGAGCUCGAAUCAAGGGAGAAGCAUCUGUGUUCUAUUCAAGAAUCAAUACAUGAAAGUUCAAAGGAACUUGAAUUAAUAAGAGAAUCACUAAACAGGAAGCGCAAACAACUUGAGGAUAAAGAAACCGAGAUUUUAGAAUAUGUUGAAGACUUGAAACUAAGAGAGGCCAAAUUCAGUGUCGUUCAAGAGGAGGCUGUCAAACAAGUUCAUCUCAGAGAGGAGAAAUUGGACGAGAAAGAGAAUUUGAUUCGAGGUAUUUUUGCCAAAGUGAGAUAUGAGCAACAAAAAUUUGAGAAUGUGAUUGAGAAAAGGCUUAAGGAGAUUGGUAUGAAAGAGAAGCAAUUUCAGGAGCGCGAUAUCAAAGAAGACAAGUUGAAGCAACAAGAUAAUGUAGGCUGCAGUGAACAGAAACCAAAAGAACUUGACUUGAGCAAAACUAUGAAAAGAGAGAGAGUAACAAUGAUGGAGUUCAAUGUAGGAUGCAGCAGGCCUUAUUGUUCUGAGAAUCCCUUGAAAAAGUCUAAGGCAGAAAAACCAUCUGAAUACAGUAAAGAGGAGCAAAAUCUUAACCAAAGUAUACACGAGAGAGACAUCAUGUCGGGCAAGCAAAUAAGUUUUUCUGAUAGGAAUGUCGACUAUGGAUCAAAAUCAGACACAGACAACGAUAAGGAUGUCAUAAGUCUAGAAGUACAUUGUCCUCGCGCAGAAUUCCAUGAUUUUGAUAAGGAUAAAGAAGAAGGAAAUUUUGAUGUCGACCAAAUUUGGGCAUGUUAUGACAAUUUAGAUGGUAUGCCUAGACUUUAUGCCCAAGUAAAACAGGUAUUUACUCCUACAUUUAAGUUACAAAUGGUCUGGUUAGAGGCUGUUGAUUGGACAAAUCAUGACUUACAGGUUAUAAGUUGUGGUAGAUUUAGAAUGGGGAGUUCUCUCGACGUUUCGAAUCGUUAUAUAUUCUCUCAUCAAGUGAAAUGCAAAAGGGAAAUGCAGGGUUAUUAUCUGAUAUAUCCUAUGAAAGGGGAGAUUUGGGCCGUUUACAGAGACUGUCGACAGUUUAAAUAUGAGAUUGUAGAGGUUUUGUCUGAUUUUGUUGAUGAUGUUGGUGUAAAGGUACAUUAUCUGGAAAAAGUCAGUGGAUUUAUGAGCAUUUUUAAAAGGAGAAACUGUGGAAGUGAGUCAUUUGUGAUAGCAGCAAAUGAAUUAUACAGAUUUUCUCACAAAGUUCCCUCCUUUAAAUUGACACAAAAUAUAAGAGAAUGUUUGGUGGAUGAAUAUUUUGAACUUGAUCCUGCUUCUCUACCUAAUUAUCAAGAUAAUGCAUGUAACAAAAUUAAGGUUGAAUCUGAGGAAGUCGAUGAUGUCUCUACCUCCAAAUAA